UUGGAUGGCGACGGAAAAGCAGAGGUCUACAUAAGAAUUGCCAAUAAUUUCACAUUCGGAGAUGGCUAUACAUUCACUAAUGACAAUGACGACGAGCAAUGGAUAGCAAGUGUCGAUGGAUUGACAGGUAAAUUAUUACAAAAGAGCAAAAUCCCAGAUUAUUUUAUCCAAUAUGGUCCAAUGUCCCCACAAUUCGGUGUUGGCUUCUUAAAUUACCACAAACCAUCUUUAAUUGUUGCAAUGAAGAACAGUUUAGGCCGCUUAUUCUUACACUAA